AUGCUGUAUGUAGCAGGGGUCAGCAACCUUUUUGGCCGUGAGAGCCAGAAACCCGUGUGGAAGGAGGAGGAUGGAGGCGGAAGUGAUAUUUAUCUGAUUGUAGAGGAUGUGAAUGUCAUCAUCUCUACCUACAGAGAAGGAGAGGGUGGCCCUUUGGGAAGCAUCACGAUUGACCCAGUCCUUGGUACUGCUGGGUUUGGUUCUGGACUUCAUGGUUGGGCCUUUACUCUGAAGCAGUUUGCAGAGAUGCAUGUCGCAAAAUUUGCAGCCAAGGGUGAAGGUCCAGGUGAAAGGGCCAAGAAAGUGGAGGACAUGAUGAAAAAACAUUGCAGUGACCAGUAUUUUGAUACUACUAAUGGGAAGUUUAGCAAAUCUGCUACUAGCCCUGAUGGAAAGAAGUUGCCUAGAACUUUCUGCCAAUUCGUCCUAGAUCUAAUCUUCAAGGUAUUUGAAGCAAUUAUGACCUUUAAGAAAGAGGAAACUCUGGGGAUACCUGAAACUGCAAAAUUGAUUGUAAAACUUGACAUCAAAUUGGACAGUGAAGAUAAAGCAAAGAGGGAAAACCACUUUCUAAAGGCUGUGAUGAGACGCUGGCCACCUGCUGGAGAUGCACUUCUUCAAAUGAUAACCAUCCACCUGCCUUCCCCUGUAACUGCUCAGAAAUACCACUGUGAACUGUAAUAUGAGGGUCCCCCUGAUGCUGAGGCUGCUAUGGGUAUAAAAAGCUAUGAUCCCAAGGAUACAUCCCUGAUGAUGUACAUCUCUAAGAUGGUGCCAACCUCCCACAAAGGAAGAUUCUAUGUUUUUGGCCCUGUAUUUUCUGAUCUUGUUUCCACCAACCUAAAGGUCAGAAUCAGGGGACCCAAUUAUAUCCCUGGGAAGAAGGAAGAUCUCUACCUGAAGCCAAUUCAAAGGACAAUUCUAAUGAUGGGCUGAUAUGUUGAACAUAUUAAAGAUGCACCUUGUGGUAACAUUGUUGGUCUAGCUAACAUGGAUCAGUUCCUUGUGAAAAUGGGUACCAUUACUACCUUUGAGCAUGCCCACAACAUGAGGGUGAUGAAGUUUAGUGUUAGCCCUGUGAUGCAAGUAGCUGCUGAAGCAAAGAACCCAGCUGACCUGCCCAAACAAGUAGAAGGACUGAAGCCUUUGGCCAAGUCUGACCCUAUAGUCCAGUGUAUCACUGAGGAAUCUGGAGAGAACAUUAUUGCUGGUGCAGGGGAGUUGCUUCUGGAGAUCUGCCUAAAAGAUCUUGAAGAAGGUCAUGCAUGUGCUCACAUCAAGAAAUUGGACCCCAUUGUUUCCUACCAUGAGACAGUCAGUGAAGAGUCAAAUGUUCUCUGUCUUUCCAAAUCUCCCCAUAAGCACAACAGGCUCUAUAUGAAGGCUCAGCCCUUUCCUGAUGACCUGGCUGAAGAUGUUGACAAAAGUGAAGUCUCUGCUCAUCAGGAGCUCAAUCAAAGGGCUCUAUAUCUGGCUGAGAAGUAUGAGCGGGAUGCAAGAUCUGGGCUCCAGAACAAGUGGUUGGUGGCAUUUACAGUAUCCUGGACAGGAAGCGAGGAGUCCCAGGUUGCUGGCACCCCCACGUUUGUUAUGAAAGCUUAUCUGCCUAUUAAUGAAUCUUUUGACUUCACAGAAGACUUGAGGUCUAAUACAGGUGGCCAAGCCUUUCCUUGGUGUGUAUUUGACCAUUGGCAGAUACUUCCUGGAGACCCUUUUGACAGUACUAACCGCCCUUUCCAGGUUGUGGCAGAUACCUGCAAACAAAAAGAGCUGAAGGAAGGUAUCCCAGCCCCUGGACAACUUCCUAGACAAGUUGUGAAAGCUCUCUCCAACAUCAUUUCAAACUCCUGUUGGACUCUAGCAUAA